UAACGUUGUUUUAUCAUCAUAUUGGUAUGUAUUUUUAUAUGCCGGAAAUACGAAGAGCUCUCCAAAUUUUUUUAUUUUAUUUUUUUUUCAAAUAUGUGUAGAAGCAAUUAGUUAAGGUGAAGCUUUCAUUAAAACGAUAGAACUACAACAGUAGUGAUUAACAGUGGAUGGCACUGAGUCAUUGAAGAUAAUAGAAAAAAGAACUAGACACAAUAUUCAAAAAAGAAUACUUCUUUAGCAAACAAAACAACAAUAAUCAUAGCAAUAAUAAUAAUAAUUACCAUAUAAUGUCAGAUCAAGAUGAUUUCCCAUCCUAUUUGGAUGAACAACAACAACAACAAGAAGAUGGAGACUUAGAUAAUCCGUUAAGAGUGUUGGUAGUGAUAAAUGUACCUGAAGGAAGUGAGAAGGAAACUAGCAAUAGUUCAAUUCAUGGAGAAAUGGAAGAACGAUUAUUAGAUAAUGUUCAAAGUUUCAAAGCUAUGAAUGAAUUCUUUGAUGAUUUCGAUGAUAAAAUAGCGUAUCCUAAUGAAGGACAUAUUAAAUAUGAAGUUGGAAGUGAUGGAUUGGUGGUUAUUGUGGUUGAUAAUAUAGAAUUAAGAAAUAAGGUCUUACUGUUUAUGGAUAAAUUUACCACCAUUAAGCUGGAAGGUGAUGAUGAAGAUGAGGAAGAAGAGGAUAACAAGAGGAAUAAGAAAUCAAAGAAGAAUGUUAAAGCUUAGACAUCUUUGGUUGAAUAUGGAAGGAUGAUUCCAUAAUGUACAUUAGAAAUAUAUAUACACACAUAAAUUAAUACAUACAUUCAUUAGUAAUAGUUGA